GGGCAAUUUGUGGYAUUGCUCCUGGAACACCGUGUGGCAGUCGUUGACUUGGCGGCUUUGAUACUUGUUGAAAUGGYGGAGAUAGCUGUUGCUGCCGAUAAUUCUGCUGUUGACUUGUCACAGAAUUCUGAUGUUGCAAUGGAUUAAAUAGUUGGGAGUGAGGAGGAGGAAGUGUACUCUUCGAUCCACUUGAAUGAAAAGCGUUCACGGAGGGACCAAUCGUACUAGCAGUAUUAUUAUUCAACGGCGGAGAGGGCAUCGUAACAAUAUCGUCAUCGUCCGAAAGUAGUUUCGCCAUUUUCCGUUCCAAUAUGUGCAUGCUGGGCGAUCCUUCUCCGGGCUGUAAUUGUUGUAAAUGAUGUUGCUGAUUUACAUGGUGCUGUUGCGGUUGCUGCUGUUGUAGAUGGUUUUGCCCGACUUGAUAAUGUAGCUGCUGGCUUGUGUUAUGAACGCCAUGAGGAAGCGGCGAAUUCAUCUGYGGUGGUAGUGUUUCAUUUGUACGCAAUUGUCCAUUGGAAAAGGCAGGAGCAUUCAUUUUAUCAAUUGGGGAUUUAGCAGUUUGAGAAUUUGUGACGACUGGUGUAGUUGUAGGCAUGGGAAGAGGCGCAGAAUUAGGACCCGAAAUCAAAGAUGGCUGUGGAGAUGUAGACAAAGUAGAAGCAUGUCUCCCUUUCGACCUUGAUUGCUCUUGAAAUAGAAAUUGACGCGCAGCUUGUAAAAAUGCUUGUUGGUCACGCCCCGAUUGAUAUGUCUCGUGUAUCGACAUAGCUAUUUGGUUGUCACCUCUCAUGUAUGGCAUGAAAGCGAUCAAAACCUCCUUCGGAUGGACGACCGACCGCCAAACAAUAACGAUAGAAAUGAGUCGGAAAUUUCGGAGAAAAAGUUGAUGGGUGAGGGUCAGAAAGAAACUAUUUUCGCAAAAACACGRACACACAUAUUUCUCAGCUUUUCAUAAUAGCCGUCAACAAACAAUGGCAGUUGUCCCUCUCAAUUGCCAACAUACCUCAUCCCUCAUCUCCGGAAGCCUCGUAGAUUCMUUCUUGUUGCUAUUCCUACUCGGACCAUUUAAGGAAUUUCCUGUGCUCCGGGAUUGAUUUGACGAAUUGUUCGAACGUCGGUUCGWAUUAUUCGACCUUCCUCUACCUCCGCGUCGUCCGCCUCUACCUCGUCCGCGUCCCCCUGGGCUAUUGCCACCUCUAGAGGGUUUUCUCCCGCCGGUUGAUCCGGCUGAAGACGACAUCCUUCCUURUACGAUGGGUUCUAGAAAGCUAACAGUGUCUCAAUAGGUUUGCUAUUACGCGGCCACCSUGUUGUUUCACCAGCAGAUACAGUUCAAUGAAAUGUCCCUGUCCGUGUUUACGCCAGCUUAGCAAACGAUCGUCUCCUCUGGAGCAGCACYGAAAAUCAAUUUCACUUUUUCACAACCUGGUAUUCUCUGAUAAACCAAAGGAGCGGAUCUUUCCUUAUCGCUCGGGUCACAAACGCUUGCGCUACUUUAUCCAGAUAUGAGAUUCAGUUGGGAAAACGAUACCGAAAGCGAAAUGUGAGAUUUCGGAUCGUUGUCACGAGCACAACACCUGGCAUUAACUAGUACAGUACAGUACAGUACAGUACAUUACUUCUACUUCUACUUAUACCCGAAGUACUUCGUAACUAGUACGAGUUACCACUACUGCUAUGAAACUUGAGGGCCUGUUUGAAAAAAGUCAUAAUGAGUACAGUAGUACCGUACAGUGUGAGACUUCGCACAAGUAAAAUUACAUUACUUUUUUGUGAGCGAUGAAUGUACCAGGUACUACCGUGCCGUUCGAAUGUACUUUACUUUAAUGCGAUGAACAAUAUCUGACAUUUAUCAUUCACGAACAAUCGAUUCACAUUUUGACUCACACGAAUCAAAUUUGAUUUGCAUCAAACGACUCACUCCGACAGGCACGAGGGGCCGGCCGUGCCAGUCGAGUUCGAUACCACUGGAACCGUGCUGUACGCCCAUGCUUUACAGGACGUACCGGUACUUGGUACGUACAGGUAAGGAACUUGUAUGAGCUUGACUACAGUAACAGUUACCGUAGUACUCUGUUACACUUCAAAAGGAAAAAGGAACAAAAAAUAGACUUCGCGAAGUUCUACCRAAGUACGAUACCUGUCCGGUACUUCUAACAAACGAUUCCCCCAUCGAUAACUCCAUUAGGUGGGGAGUACGGUAUGGUAUUUUCCUUUUGCCCACARCCGUAACCAAGAUCCAAACCAUGUCGCUAGCCAACAUGUCAUCGUAUGCACUGGGAUUGGUCUUUAUCUUUUUGGUGGCUGUAAUUUGGAGUGUCGCAAGCAUUGUCGUACAGUAUUUGUACAGUCAAAGCUUCGAUGCUCCCUUUCUUUUGACAUAUAUCGGCACGUCUCUCUUCGUAGUACAACUUCCGCUGAAUUGGUUGUACAAUCGGUUGAUCACUUGGCAAUCCACUUGCAGUGGCGAUUCAAAUUACGAAAGCAUCCCAACAAGGGAAGAGCCACGACAAGGAAAUUUUGAUGCCGACAUCACGAGAAUCGCCAAUCCCGGCGGYGACAAUAACGCCGAAGAACAAAGCAGUGCCAACCAAAGUGAGAAUCAUUGGACGGGUAAAGACCACAUGAUUGCUGCCGCAAAACUAUCCCCAUUUUGGUUCAUAUCCAACUAUGCAUACAAUGCGAGUCUUGAGCAUACUUCCAUCACGUCCAGCACGGUUUUGGUGAACACGGGGAGUCUUUUUACUUUCUUGAUCGCCUUGUUUAUGAAAGACGAACGCUUCUCCUGUUGGAAACUUUUGGGUGUUCUAUUUGGUAUGACUGGUUGCAUAUUAACUGCACGGCACGACGCAAGGGAAGGAGAAGAUGGAAACGUCAGGCGARUGCGCUUUUUGUCGGGUAUAGUGGUUGACGACGAUAGUAGAGGCACUGUCGCAGGCGACGAUAGCGAUGAUCUUCAUCUCUGGGGAGAUAUACUUUCUGUAAUCUCAGCUCUUUUCUAUGGGGUUUACGCUGUGAUGAUAAGGGUCAUAUGUCCCAGAGAUGAGUCCUUAAUGAGCAUGCAAUUGUUCUUAGGUUACGUCGGUUUGUGGAACAUGGUAGCGUUGUCUCCUAUUGCAAUUUAUCAACUCGGAAUUGCAAAAAGUGUGACGGUAUCCUCUUGGGUACUUUCAUGCGUUGUCAUCAAUGGUUUAUUCAAUAACGUUAUCAGCGAUUAUUUGUGGGCACGAUCUGUAGUACUGACGUCGGCCACYGUUGCUACCGUCGGUUUAGGCCUUACCAUCCCGUUGGCUUUUGCCAGUGACRUUUUCCUUGGAGAGGAAGAUGUUUUGAACUUGGAAUCAAUUUUGGGCGCUGCAUUUGUUUUAUUCGGAUUUGUACUUGUUAACAUCGGACAAACACAAGUCGACAGUAAGGAUGAGAAUGACCCAAACCGAGAACAAAGCAGAGGAGAUGAUGGAUUGCAGUCAAUAAGUAUGCAAGAAGUCUCCUUAGAGAAUGACYCAUGAUGCCAUUAAAGUGAUACUGCAUUGAAAAAAGAGACGGUUGCAUUCUAAAACUUUAGUUUCAACGCAACUGGUUUUGCCAUCACACUUCCAAUCAACAUCGAGAGGCUAACGACAAUUCCCUGAUYAUUUCAUACCUCAUAAGUUUUGCAACUCGGAGCGACAAACAGGAAUUCAUYASAGACAAGGAUUGCUCCGUAAUGCCCACUUCUGUGUCUCCCAUUACAAACAUCAAUGAUGAAAGUGAAUGUCAAGUUUAUCGUGACAAUUUCCGGCAACGAAGAUGAAACAUCACCUACUCAUCAGCCAUAGUGUACUGAUGGUGCAUGCUAGAAACUGUGUUGUCACAAUGACGUCCAAGUUCUUACUGGACUUCCUGUUCAUUAUUAAACGCAAGCUGUUCUUAGAUUACUACUACUGCUAUUGCUACCGGCUACCGGCUACCGGCUACCAGACCAUCUGUUGCCUCUUCCUUGGCAAAAGAGGAACAAAACAAGAAAGACAAAAAAGUGGGAAGUACUUCUUAAUGUAUUCUCUAGUGAUACUGCUAGUACUAGUGUUAUCAGCACAGAUGCUUGAUGAACUAGUAUUAUAACAUUUAAUACAGAGUAACCACACAA